AUGGGAAUCGUAUGGAAGGUCGAUGAACCCACUGCUGAGUCAAUGUCAGAGCGGGGUCCAAGAUUCGGCGUUAAGGGUGAGCACGGGGUAGCAGGGUGCAUUCGGGGUAACGACCGACUCGGGGUUAACGCCCGGCGCCACGCGGCCGCGAGAACAGGCCAUCCGAUUGAUUGGAGCAGCGCAACACUAUACAGUACCCUUAUGAUUCAAUUACCCCAGACCCAAUAG